CAUCAACCACCAGCGCAAACCGAUCUGCGACCAUCACAAUGGCUCGAAUAGUGUCUGGCACGGGCUCCAUGCCGGGAGUGGAUGCAAACGUCGAUUUUGCAUCCUCCGAAGUCACAGCGAUGCUUAUACGCCUGCAAGACGCCUUGCUUCAUACCACCCCGGAGCGCGAGCAUACUUUGCGAACGAAUGAAUACGAGCGGGCGAGGCUAGAAACUAAUCUCAACUACGCCCGCAAAGCAUUGGACAACCUAGAACAACGGGCGCAAUCGUCCAGAACGUCGGCAACCGCCAUCUCUGCGAGGGGAGUGUUGAGCGCACAGCGAGAGAUGCUCGACUUGCUAGUUGAUAGAUUAGAGGACAUUAAGGAGAUUGCGAUCGAAGACGAUGACGACGAUUCUGAAGGAGAAGACUUGCUUGCCGGCGUCACUCACACACCAAGCCAAAGCGUAGGGUCAACAACAGACACAAUAGAAUCCAGGGUGAUAGAAACACCGACAUCCGAAACGAUGCCAUCGGAGCCAGAACCCGAACCCGAAAUGGAGAUCCCGUCACCGCCCUCAGAGCCAGCAUAUUCUGCGACCCCAGUUGUCCAACCGCAACAGCCAUACGUACACACAACACAGACGCUCCGAAAUCGACACGAAACUCCAUCAACAGCUGCAAAUUCAGCUUCAUAUACCACAGCCCGCGCAGCUCUCUUUGCUGGCCGCUCCAAGCCAUCUGAGCCCCAGACAUCGACUGCAACGGCCGAGGCGAUCCUAGACCAGCAGCGACAGGAACAGGAUGCGCUGUCGGACUCGAUUCUGAAAAUGGCCAGUGCGCUCAAAGCAAGCUCCAAGAAGUUCUCUACCACGCUGGAAGAGGACAAGGAGCUGGUCAGCAAGGCUGGCAGCUCAGUUGAAAAGACAGAACGAAGCAUGGAGAGUGCAAGAGGGAGAAUGGGCACACUGAGGAAGAUGACGGAAGGAAAGGGAUGGUGGGGAAGAGUUGUAUUGUAUGCUUGGGUCUAUGGACUCAUGCUAUCUCUGGUCCUGCUUGUGUUUGUCUUCCCGAAACUCCGGUUUUAGGUAAUGCUAUAAUGAACGCUUAAUGUACAAACGGAUGGAUGAUGGAAAAGGAACACUGUAUUCAAUAGAAGCCUAUUAAAUAGAUGUAUCUCGAGCGUGAGUUUCCUUAGAA